AUGGGCGUUCUCUGCCUAGUCUACCUCAUCUGCGCCAUCAGGACGAACGUCAUCUUCUUCGUCAUUCUGCUCCCACUCCCACCCGCGUUUGCUCUGUUGGCAGCAGCUAACUGGUACGCCGGUAUAGGAGAGAUGGCUUGUUCUCAGACUUUGCAGGUCGUUGCUGGAGCACUGACGUUCAUAACGGAUGUACUGGGGUGGUACCUGUUCACCUCGCUACUCCUGGCGUCCAUUGAUGCUCCGUUCCAGCUUCCAGUCUUUGACCUCUCUACGAAGGUCCCGGGUACCAGCUCGAAGAAUAAGAACGCCGAACGUACGGAGGCUGAUCUUGAGAGAGGCUGA